AAUAGCUGGUUUCCUUCCAUUUUCCUUGGGCCAUCCCCGUUGUGAACUGAGCUUGUAUAAACAGAGAACAACGACCCAAUCGAAGGCCAAGCAACUCAAGAGAUGAACGCAAUGGGUGCCCUCUCGUGGGCGGCUGACGCGGUGGUGGUGAUCUACUCUCUCACCGUCGCCAUCACUGCGCCGCUGGUCGUCGCGCAGGGCAUCCUCCCGCGCCGCCUCUUCCCGGCGCCGCUCGUGGCGUUCAAGCUGUGGUACGCGGCCAAGUUCGACGACUACCUCACCGCCGAGCCACCGUCUUUCUUCCGCGGGCUUAACUGGCUGGAGCUCAUCUUCCAAUGGCCGCUCAACGUGGCCAACGUCUACGGCAUCCUUGCCGGCUGCCCUUGGGCCGCCACCACAUCCCUGAUGGCCGGCGUCUCCACCCUCACCUCCAUGGCUGCCAUACUUGGAGACAUUCUGGGAUCAGGGAGAGCAACCAAGAAAUUGCUUCUGGUCUAUGUCCCUUAUGUUGCUUUCGCCGUCGUCGCGAUUCUUCGUGGGCUCACCUCAGGCUCAGGGACUCAAGCGGGUUCUCUUGCAUCUUACGCUUGGAAGAAAAUCAUCUAGUACUUAUUUCUUUUGUUAUGUUGUACCCACAACCAUGUAACCAGAGAUGAGUUCGUGACCAUUGCAAUCUUUCUUGUACAAUGGAUUAGAGCAUUAUCAUCUUUCUCUUUACA